AAAUGCGGCUGCUGUACACCAAAAACCAGAGUCUUCCCUCUCCCUUUCCGCUCUCCUUCUUUGUCUCUCUCUCUCUCUCUCUCCCUGCUCAUCGAUUUGAGCUUAAGAGAUCGAAUAAGAUGAUCCAAGGUCUUGGGGUUUCAAAACCCACCAAUUUGGGUCAAAUUUCGUCAAACUCAGUUUUUUUCAGCGAAUAUUGUUUGGUUUAUUCGUGAAUAUUCGUUGGGAUUGUUUGGUCCGUGAAUUCGACAAUCUCGAUCGAUUCAGGGAAAUUUGAUGAUGGCUUUUGGUGGGUUUUCGAUUUUCUGAGGUGGGUCAAAGAAAGUUUUCGUUUUCGUGGUAAGGUUGCAUAGGAAUGAAUUGGUCAGGGAUGGUUUGGAGAGUUUGAAAGGUUUUUGGGUUGUAUUUUCGUAUGAUUUCUGUGGGGAGCAGGGAUGGGAGGAAGGGGUUAAGGCUAGGGUAUGAUGGUGGUGCAGAGAUGGAAGAGACUGAGCUUGAAGAAGGCGAGACUUGCUCUUACCAAUACAAUGAUGAUUCAACCAUUGACCCUGAUGUUGCUCUCUCUUACAUUGAUGAGAAACUUCAUGAUGUUCUGGGGCAUUUUCAAAAAGAUUUUGAAGGUGGAGUUUCUGCUGAAAACUUGGGGGCAAAAUUUGGUGGUUACGGUUCAUUUCUACCUGCCUAUCAGCGCCCUCCGGUUUGGUCUCGUCCAAAGACACCACUAAAAGUUCAUAACUGCAACACACCCAGAUCGCCAAACAAUUUGCAUCUGGAGGUAGAUAUUUAUGCGAAACAUGGACAAGCUUCUGCAACUGCUGCAUCACUACCUUUAGUGAGGGCUUCUGUUAAUGAUUCAGCAAAAACAGAUGUAGGGGUGUCAUUCGCUCAUUGUACUGAGGAGUCCACUUCAAGAUGUGAACUUGGGAAAAGCUAUGAUCAGCCAUCUGAUCAGAAGACUCUGAAGGUCUGUAUCAAAGUGGGUUCUGAUAAUUUGUUGACUCAAAAAAAUGCUGAAUUAUACAGUGGUCUUGGUUUGGAUAACUCUCCUGCGUCAUCAUUGGAAGACAGCCCCACUGACAGUGGAGGGUUACCUCAUGAACAUCAGGAUGCCCCAGAUGAAUCCCCCACUAGUAUUAUUCAGAUUAUGACAUCAUUUCCAGUGCAUGGCAACUUAUUGUUAUCCCCUCUCCCUGAUGAUCUGGCUUACUUGACUGAAAAGGAAAAGCUUAAAGGAGAAAGUAAGCCUAGAUUUUUACUGAAGGGUGGCCAAGAAAGUUCAAAUGGAUCUGAUUCUGCGAGGGGUGAAGACAAAGUUUUAGGUGGCAAGAAAUCAAAGUCGUUUGAGAAAAAGAAUCUCAAUGAUAAGGACAUUCAAAAUGGCAUUGGUGAGAAAGAAACGGAUAUUGACACUUUGGCUUGUGAAGAACUCGUUGCUAAUGCUCUGAAGCUCCCACUUCUAUCUAAUUCAUAUUCUAAUGUUGACAACUCUGCAAAGGGUACCGCUAAAGCAGUUGAUAACUUCAGGGUAGCUAAUAAGGUGAAGGAAGGAUCCUUCUCUAAUUUAGCUGAAGGGAAUACCUUGGAGGCAGUAUCCACCCAAGAGAUUGGUUUGGUUGAGAAGCCUAGUGGAAACAUUGCUUCAGCUGAUAAGCUUUGGGAAGACAAGAAAGCAGAUUUUCAUAAUGACAUUUCAGACAAGAAAGAGCUGAUGUUUCUUCCAAAACUGACUCAAAUGUUUGUAAGGGGAGAAAAACUCAAAAUGCUGAAUUCAGUGAUCCUUUGGAGCAGAAGGCUAGUAAGAAACCUGCAUCUCAUGAAGAAGAUGAUAUGCAACGCUUCUGGGAAGGAGCAUUCAUCCUCUGGAGGGAAAAAGAAAUCGAAAGGAAGUCGAAGUCAUAGUGCUCAAGGGGCAGAGGUUCCAAAAGACAGCUCAAGGAUGGACUCUUCUUUGGUGCCCAAAAAUAAGAAAAGCAUGCAUGCCAAUAACUAUUUGUCUAAAAGUGAAAUAGAGGACUCCAAAUUACAGAAGGAUAAUGGAAAGGCGAGAAAUAGAUACAGAGACUUCUUUGGGGACAUAGAACUAGAAGAUGGAGAUAAUCAUGGGGAUUCGGCUGAAAUGCUUUCAAUUGAUAAGCCGAAGACCUUUGAGUCUGUUGAGAGAAGCACAUUUGCAUCUAAUAGAACAUUGAAAGAAAGGUUAAAUGGCAAGAAAAUGGAUAAGCCAUCUACAUCAGAGGCAUAUUCAAAAGAAGCUUUGAAUGCCGCUCCAAUCACUGGAAAUGGAUCCAUUUCUGAUGCAGCGCCUGGAACAUUGGAUCCCCUAGCCAAUGACAAUUGGGUCUGCUGCGACAAAUGUCAGAAAUGGCGGCUUCUUCCACUUGGUACAAAUCCCGAAAGCCUUCCCGAGAAGUGGCUUUGUAGCAUGCUUAACUGGCUGCCUGGAAUGAACCGGUGUAGUAUUAGCGAGGAGGAGACAACUAAAGCUCUAAUGCCUCUAUACCAAGUUCCUGCUCCUGACAAACAAAUUAAUCAGCAUUGUCAUCGUGCUGGUGUUCUACCUGGACUAUCCAUGACUGAUGACAGUCGUUUUGAUCAAAACCACCGAAGUCUUGGUUUCCAUGCAGUGCCUAAAGGUGGAAAGAAGAAAAAUAGAAUAAAAGAAGUAUUGGCUGCAACGAGCCAAGAUGGUCCUCCACAACUUUUUAACUCUAUGAAGAAGAACCUUCAGGCAGCAGUGAAAAGUAGAAGCUUAAAUGGUGUGAACCAGUCUCCUGUAGCGAAUGAAAUUGAACCUAUGUAUUUAAACAAGUCUAGUGUUGUUGAGAAACAUAGACAUAAACAGAAAGAGAAGAAUAAACUACUUGAACGACAUUCUGAUGGAGGUGAAACUAGUUCCUCCAAGAUCAAAAGCAAAUGGGACACCGAUCAAGAUUGUUUCAGAAUUUCUAAGAAAAUUAAGUUAGAUGGUAUGCGUUUUACUGAUGAAGAUUGGAUGCAUGACAAUGAUGGACCUGUGGGGAAGGUGGGUCCUAGCUCAAGUAGUGGUUUUUCAGUAAAUGCAUCUCAGAAUGAUCAGCACAAAGACGAUUACCAUUCUCUUAAGGACAGAAAGUGUGAGGCAGAUAACGGCUCAAAAGUUCCUCCUAGAAGUCCAAAAGGCCAAUUUCAGGUUACUUCAGAUGAUGGAUCUCCAUAUAUGGAAAAAAUUGAUGAUAAAGGUGUUACAAGGAAGAGGAAAAUGGAACAUACAAGUGAAAACAUUCACAGGAAGGAAAUGAAGGCAAGCGUUUCCAAGUCUGAAGGGAAAGAAACCAGCACAAGCAAAGGCUCUGAUGGAACCAUGAAAAAAGGUAGAAGUACAAAGGAGCAGCAAAUGGGACCAAAUCUGGGGGGCACUCUGUCUCAACGGAGCUUGGAUGCUAUGGAUUCUUUGAGAAGGGAUUUAGGAUCGGUACAACCUACUCAGGCAGCCAAUUCAAGUUCUUCAAAAGUUUCUGGCUCCCAUAAGAACAAAACUAAUAUGCAUGAAGUGAAAGGCUCACCAGUAGAAUCAGUUUCUUCGUCUCCUCUGAGGUUUUCAAAUUCAUAUAAAUCUACAUCGAGAAGAAGCUUUGAGGGCAAAGAUGUAUUUGGAGAUGCUGGUUUGUUUGCUACUGGUACUCCAAGAAGAUGUUCAAAUAAAGAUGACAGAAUGAGCAACCGGUCCGGGACAGUCAAGAAGGAUGAAAUUUUUGUCACCCAUUGUGGGUCCAUGAAGCCCGCUGUGCUUGAUUUUCAAGAGAGGGAUAUAGGUCAUUUAGCUGGUAGGGAAGCUAAAAUACAGUUUGUACAUUCUCCUGAAUUUGCAAAUUGCCAUUUUGCUAAUGGUAGUACUGAUACCUUUGGCAAUGAUACUGAGCACCCUGGCAAACCACAUACUUCAGAUCAACACUGUGAUGAAGAACGAGGGAAUGACAUGCAGUAUCAUGCUAAUGUGUCUCAUCCGAAGAAGUCUGGGAAGGGAUCUUCAUCAUGGUCAAAGGAAAAGAAUGGCAGUUCUAAAUCAGAACUUGAUAAGGGUAAGGUCAAGAUUUCUGAAUCUAUAGAUCAUACACCUUAUGAAGAAAAAUCAGGGGCUAGAAAAAACAAAGUUCAGGAGAAACUUGGGGUUAAUUCUGAUAAGGUUGAAAAGAAUUUUAUGGGUAAGAAAGAGUCUGCAGGUGAAGUGGCCGGUGAGAAUCGCGAAAGUGAGAGUCAAUCAAAAUUUGGAGGGAAUGAUGGUUUGGAUGUUAGAGCAGAUGCUCUUUGUAGCCGGGAUCAGAAGCAAAAUCUACAACUCGACCAUGAUGAAAGAUCUUCAAAGAAGCAUCUUUCUGACAAAACAGAUCAGGUUGAAGUAUCUGGAAGAGGAAAGUCACACUCAUUGCCACCCUCUGGAAGAGGUCAAAAUGAGACAGUGACACAUUCUCUCCAUUUAAAUCCUGGACACCAGAAAGAGAAUGGAGGAAACAGUUUGUUAAUUGAUGCUUCUGAGGGUGAUGAUGCAUUGAAGGCUUCAAAACACACAAAAAGGCCUGAGAACCAGAAUGGAAAUCAGCCGGUUAGAUCAAGACAACCAACAAUUAAUGGCCAUAGGGUCAGGGAUGCGGAUGCCACAAUUCCUGCCAGAAGAGAUUCCUCCUGUCAGGCUGCCACUAAUAUUGUAAAGGAGGCAAAGGAUCUUAAACACUCUGCUGAUCGCCUUAAGAAUUCUGGAUUAAGUGUUGAAAGUACAGGUCUUUACUUCCAGGCAGCCCUUAAGUUUCUUCAUGGAGCCUCUUUAUUGGAAUCUAGCAAUGGCGAGAGUGCCAAGCAAGGCGAGAUGAUUCGGUCAAUGCAAAUGUAUAGUAGCACAGCAAAACUCUGUGAGUUUUGUGCUCAUGAAUAUGAGAAAUCCAAGGACAUUGCUGCUGCUGCUCUGGCCUACAAAUGCAUGGAGGUGGCAUAUAUGAGAGUAAUUUAUUACUCGCAUACCAAUGCAAGCAGAGAUCGGCAUGAGUUGCAGACAGCUUUGCAAAUAGUUCCUCCUGGUGAAUCUCCCUCUUCCUCUGCCUCCGACGUUGAUAACUUAAACAACCCAACAACAUUAGACAAGGUUCCCAUAACCAAGGGUGUUAGCUCUCGUCACAUUGCUGCAAACCAUGUUAUUGCUGCAGGCAACUGCCCCAGUUUGGUGCGGCUGCUCAACUUUCUACAGGAUGUAAAUUUUGCAAUGGAAUCCUCGAGGAAAUCUCAAAUUGCUUUUGCAGAAGAGGCUCAGCAUAGAGAAGGUAUAACUUCAAUUAAAAGGGCUCAGCACAGAGAAGAUAUAAUUUUUGUUAAAAGGGCUCUUGAUUUCAGCUUCCAAGAUGUGGACGAAUUAUUACGUUUGGUACGGUUGGCAAUGGAAGCAAUUAGUCGUUAACUUGUAGUUGAGAUUAUGUCAAACCAAGGAAUGGUUUUGUUUCUUUGGUUUUUUUCCUUCCAGUUUCCAAUUUUUUUCCUCCAGUUUUCAAUCAUUAAGGAAGAAAAGGAAAGAGGAUGACCUGGAUCUUUCUGCUGCAUUACGUAAUAUCUGUUAAGAAACAGGUGUUAGCAGUUCAGUGCCUUUGUACAUCUGUAUCAUACCAAUCAAAUUUGUAGAAUUCACACCGCCUUAUGGCUAUCUAUAGAAAUACACAAAUUGUGCCAGUGCUUCAUAUCAUCACAUUGUUGCUGAUCUAACAGGAUCUUUUGUUACAGGUAAACAAGUGGAACAACUGUUGUGGUAUCACCAUCAACUUAUGAAGUGCUUCAUUUUCACACCCCCAAUCUCUUCUGUUGUAUUCUUUCUUUUCUUUUGGUAGAUUUUGUACAAUAGAUAAACAGAGACUUGAUCACUGUCUCAUUAUAUGUACAAACAUGCCAUUUGUUUCAUUCUACGUAAUAAAAGUUUCGUCUCAAACUUACUAUA